UGCGUUCCAACUGUCGGCCUGUGCGUUCCACACACAGGAAGUGAGUUUUUUCAGGUCCCUUAGGCCACUUGGUUCUAGCAUCUACCCGGCCAGUCUCCGUCAAGAUCAGAUUCCUCAAAGAAGCCCCCUUUUUGCUUUGAUGACAGCUUUGCACACUCUUGGCAUUCUCUCAAUCAGCUUCAUGAGGGGGAACAGCUGACUGAUAUGAAGAUAAAUGAUAUAGACAGAGAAGAAGAGACGUAUGUGACUGAUAUGAAGGCAGAAGAUAUAGACAGAGAAGAAGAGACGUAUGUGACUGAUAUGAAGGCAGAAGAUAUAGAGGGAGAAGAAGAGACGUAUGUGACUGAUAUGAAGGCAGAAGAUAUAGAGGGAGAAGAAGAGACAUAUGUGACUGAUAUGAAGGCAGAAGAUACAGAAGGAGAAAAAGAGAUGUAUGUGACUGAUAUGAAGGCAGAAGAUGCAGAGGGAGAAGAAGAGACGUAUGUGACUGAUAUGAAGGCAGAAGAUAUAGACAGAGAAGAAGAGACGUAUGUGACUGAUAUGAAGGCAGAAGAUAUAGACAGAGAAGAAGAGACGUAUGUGACUGUUAUGAAGGCAGAAGAUAUAGAGGGAGAAGAAGAGACGUAUGUGACUGAUAUGAAGGCAGAAGAUAUAGAGGGAGAAGAAGAGACGUAUGUGACUGAUAUGAAGGCAGAAGAUAUAGAGGGAGAAGAAGAGACAUAUGUGACUGAUAUGAAGGCAGAAGAUACAGAAGGAGAAAAAGAGAUGUAUGUGACUGAUAUAAUGGCAGAAGAUGCAGAGGGAGAAGAAGAGACGUAUGUGACUGAUAUGAAGGCAGAAGAUAUAGAGGGAGAAGAAGAGACGUAUAUGAUGGGUGAUCAGCAGUGUAAGGAGGAGGAAAUCCCUACAGAUAUCAGCAUAGUAGAUGGCGGCACAAACCGGAAUGCCUUGGAGGGAGAUCUCAUCUUGUCUGCAGAUACUAAAACAGAAGAUAACAUCACACAGGAUUCUCCAGGAGACAGCGCUGUUAUGCUAAAUAUACAUCCAGUACCGCACAGCACAGAUAUAUCAUCUGAUCCCCCUAACUGCGAGGACUGUUCUCCUGAUACCUCAGAUUCUGUUACACAUAGUGCAGCUCAUACACCUGAUAAUAUAUUUCCCUGUUCUGAGUGUGGGAAAUGUUUUACACGGAAAUCACAUCUUGUUACACAUCAGAGAAUUCACACAGGUGAGAAGCCAUUUCCAUGCUCUGAGUGUGGGAAAUGUUUUACACAGAAAUCACAUCUUGUUAUACAUCAGAGAAAUCACACAGGUGAGAGGCCAUUUCCAUGUUCUGAGUGUGGGAAAUGUUUUACCUGUAAAUCACAACUUGUUAUACAUCAGAGAAGUCACACAAGUGAGAGGCCAUUUCCAUGUUCUGGGUGUGGGAAAUGUUUUAUACGGAAAUCACAUCUUGUUACACAUCAGAGAAGUCACACAGGUGAGAAGCCAUUUUCAUGUUCUAAGUGUGGGAAAUGUUUUACACAAAAAUCAAGUCUUGUUAAACAUCAGAGAAGUCACACAGGUGAGAGGCCAUUUCCAUGCUCUGAUUGUGGGAAAUGUUUCAUACAAAAAUCAAGUCUUAUUAAACAUCAGAGAAGUCACACAGGUGAGAAGCCAUUUUCAUGCUCUGAGUGUGGGAAAUGUUUCACACAAAAAUCAAGUCUUGUUAAACAUCAGAGAAGUCACACAGGUGAGAAGCCAUUUUCUUGCUCUGACUGUGGGAAAUAUUUUGCACAGAAAUCAGAUCUUAUUAAACAUCUGAAAAGUCACACAGGUGAGAGGCCAUUUCCAUGCUCUGAGUGUGGGAAAUGUUUUAAACACAAAUCACAUCUUGUUACACAUCAGAGAAGUCACACAGGUGAGAGGCCAUUUCCAUGUUCUGAGUGUGGGAAAUGUUUUAAACACAAACCACAUCUUGUUAAGCAUCAGAGAAGUCACACAGGUGUGAGGCCAUUUCCAUGUUCUGGGUGUGGGAAAUGUUUUACAGAGAAAUCAAGUCUUGUUACACAUCACAGAAGUCACACAGGUGAGAGGCCAUUUCCAUGUUCUGAGUGUGGGAAAUGUUUUAAACGCAAAUCACAUCUUGUUAUACAUCAGAGAAGUCACACAGGUGAGAAGCUGUUUUCAUGUUCUGAGUGUGGGAAUUAUUUUACACAGAAAUCAGAUCUUGUUAGACAUCAGAGAAGUCACACAGGUGAGAAGCCAUUUCGAUGCUCUGAGUGUGGGAAAUAUUUUACACAGAAAUCAGAUCUUAUUAAACAUCAGAAAAGUCACACAGGUGAGAGGCCAUUUCCAUGUUCUGAGUGUGGGAAAUGUUUUAAACGCAAAUCACAUCUUGUUAUACAUCAGAGAAGUCACACAGGUGAGAAGCUGUUUUCAUGUUCUGAGUGUGGGAAUUAUUUUACACAGAAAUCAGAUCUUGUUAGACAUCAGAGAAGUCACACAGGUGAGAGGCCAUUUCCAUGUUCUGAGUGUGGGAAAUGUUUUACACUGAAAUCAUAUCUUGUUCGACAUGAGAGAAGUCACACAGGUGAGGGGAACUUUUCAUGUUCUGAGUGUGGGAAAUGUUUCACACACAAAUCAGUUCUUGUUACACAUCAGAGAAGUCACACAGGUGAGAAACCAUUUCCAUGUUCUGAGUGUGGGAAAUGUUUUACACUGAAAUCAAAUCUUGAUACACAUCAGAGACGUCACACAGGUGAGAAACCAUUUUCAUGUUCUGAGUGUGGGAAAUGUUUUGCACAUAAAUCAGCUCUUGUAUUACAUCAGAGAAGUCACACAGGUGAAAAACCAUUUCCAUGUUCUGAGUGUGGGAAAUGUUUUGCACAGAAAUCAGAUCUUGUUAUACAUCAGAGAAGUCACACAGGUGAGAAGCCCUUUGCAUGUUCUGAGUGUGGAAAAUGUUAUACUACUUCAUCACAUCUUGUUAUACAUCAGAGAAAUCACAUUGGUGAGAAACCAUUUCCAUGUUCUGAGUGUGGGAAAUGUUUUACAGAAAAAUCUAAUCUUGUUAAACAUCAGAGAAUUCACACAGGUGAGAAACCAUUUAAGUGUCCUGAGUGUGGGGAAUGUUUUGCUCAGCAACUAAAUCUGGUUAAACAUCAGAAAAGUCACACAGGUGAGGAACCAUUUUCAUGUUCUGAGUGUGGGAAAUGUUUUACUAAGGCAUCAUAUCUUGUUAUACAUCAGAGAAGUCACACAGGUGAAAAACCAUUUCCAUGUUCUGAGUGUGGGAAAUGUUAUACUACUUCAUCACAUCUUGUUUUACAUCAGAGAAGUCACACAGGUAAAAAACCAUUUCCAUGUUCUGAGUGUGGGAAAUGUUUUACAAAAAAAUCUAAUCUUGUUAGACAUCAGAGAAUUCACACAGGUGAAAAACCAUUUCCAUGUUCUGAGUGUGGGAAAUGUUUUGCACAUAAAUCAGCUCUUGUAAUACAUCAGAGAAGUCACACAGGCGAAAAACCAUUUCCAUGUUCUGAGUGUGGAAAAUGUUAUACUACUUCAUCACAUCUUGUUAUCCAUCAGAGAAAUCACACUGGUGAGAAGCCCUUUGCAUGCACUGAUUGUGGAAAAUGUUUUGCUCGGCAAUCACAUCUGAUUAGACAUCAGAGAAGUCACAGGUGA